AUGGCGGAAAAGGAAAACAAGGACCUCGAGAACGGUGACCCGAAGAGAGAGAGAAUCUCCUUCGCCGACGGAUGGGAUCCCGAUAAAGAUGAGGGCGAGUACGCCAACCUCAUCCGAUACAUUUCCACCUACCGAGAUCGUCGUUUCUCCAAAGCCCCCUCCCAGGUCUCCGGUGACGAUGUCGGCGAUGCCACGAAACAGAAGAAGAUGCCCUUCUACAAGAGAAUGUUUGGCAUCUCCGGUGGACCAGGCGAACUCUAUGAGGUCCCUGAGGAAUGGCUCAACACCGACAUCAAGACAGGUCUGACCUCCGCUGAGGUCGAGAACCGACGAAGAAAAACUGGCUACAACGAGUUGACAACCGAGAAGGAGAACAUGUUUCUCAAGUUCAUCGGCUACUUCAGAGGCCCCAUUCUCUACGUCAUGGAGCUUGCUGUCCUGCUCGCUGCUGGUUUGCGUGACUGGAUCGACCUCGGUGUCAUCAUCGGUAUCCUGAUGUUGAACGCCAUCGUCGGUUGGUAUCAGGAAAAGCAAGCUGCCGACGUCGUCGCCAGCUUGAAAGGUGACAUUGCUAUGAAGGCUGAGGUCGUCCGUGACGGCCAAAUCCAAGAAAUCAAGGCUCGCGAACUGGUACCUGGUGAUAUUCUCAUUCUCGAGGAAGGUUCCGUCGUUGCCGGUGAAUGCCGGCUGAUCUGCGACUUCGACAACCCGGCCGGCUUUGAAGAAUACAAGGAGAUGGUCAGCGAUCCUGAAGGAUACCACUCCAAGAAUCACACCGACUCCGAUGACGACGAGGAGCACCACAUUGGUCAUUCCAUUGUCGCUACCGACCAGUCUGCCAUCACUGGAGAGUCUCUGGCCGUGGACAAGUACAUGGGUGAUAUCUGCUACUACACCACCGGCUGUAAGCGAGGAAAGGCCUAUGCCGUCGUCACUGAAUCUGCUCGUGGCUCUUUUGUCGGCAAGACCGCGUCUCUCGUCCAGGGUGCUACCGACCAAGGUCACUUCAAGGCCGUCAUGGACUCCAUCGGUACAGCUCUGCUCGUCUUGGUCGUCUUCUUCAUCCUGGCCGCAUGGAUUGGUGGUUUCUUCCACAACAUCCCCAUUGCCACCCCCGAGCACAGCUCCGUCAACUUGCUUCACUACGCUCUUAUCCUUCUCAUCAUCGGUGUCCCAGUCGGUCUGCCCGUCGUCACCACCACCACCCUGGCCGUUGGAGCUGCUUAUCUUGCCAAGCAGAAGGCCAUUGUGCAGAAGCUCACUGCCAUCGAGUCGCUGGCCGGUGUCGAUGUGCUCUGCUCCGAUAAGACUGGUACUUUGACCGCCAACCAACUGACCAUUCGUGAGCCCUAUGUCGCCGAGGGUGAAGAUGUCAACUGGCUGAUGGCCUCUGCCGCCCUGGCGUCCUCGCACAACUUGAAGGCUCUUGAUCCUAUUGACAAGAUUACCAUCCUGACCCUCAAGAGGUACCCCAAGGCCCGUGAGAUUCUGCAACAAGGCUGGAAGACCGAGAAAUUCAUGCCCUUCGAUCCCGUCUCCAAGCGUAUCACCACCGUCUGCACGCUCAAGGGCGAGAAAUGGUCUUUCUGCAAGGGUGCGCCGAAAGCUGUCCUGUCCAUUGCGGAGUGUGAUGAGGCCACCGCUAAGCACUACCGUGACACUGCUGCCGACUUUGCCCGCCGUGGUUUCCGAUCUCUCGGUGUUGCCUCCAAGCGCGGAGACGAGCCCUGGAAAGUCAUUGGCAUGUUGCCCAUGUUCGACCCUCCUCGUGAGGAUACCGCCCACACCAUCUUGGAAGCCCAGAAUCUCGGUCUCAGCGUCAAAAUGUUGACUGGUGACGCCAUCGCCAUCGCCAAGGAAACCUGCAAGCUUCUCGCUCUCGGUACCAAAGUUUACAACUCUCAGCGUCUCAUUGCUGGUGGUGUUGCCGGUUCUACCCAGUACGACCUUGUGGAGAAGGCUGAUGGUUUCGCCGAGGUGUUCCCUGAGCACAAAUACCAGGUCGUCGAGAUGCUGCAGCAACGUGGCCAUUUGACCGCCAUGACUGGCGAUGGUGUCAACGAUGCUCCCUCAUUGAAGAAGUCUGACUGCGGUAUCGCUGUCGAAGGUGCCACGGAAGCUGCCCAAGCCGCCGCUGAUAUCGUUUUCUUGGCUCCCGGUCUCAGCACCAUUGUCGAUGCCAUCAAGGUCGCCCGUCAAAUUUUCCAGAGAAUGAAAGCCUACGUGCAAUACCGUAUCGCUCUCUGCUUGCACUUGGAACUGUACUUGACCACCUCCAUGAUCAUCAUCAACGAAACCAUCAGAACUGACUUGGUCGUGUUCUUGGCCCUGUUCGCCGAUUUGGCCACCAUUGCUGUCGCCUACGAUAACGCUCACUACGAACAGCGACCUGUCGAAUGGCAGUUGCCCAAGAUCUGGGUGAUUUCGGUCUUCCUUGGCUUCCUUCUAGCUAUUUCCACCUGGGUCAUCCGAGGUUCUUUCUUCCUGCCCUCUGGUGGUCUUGUCCAGAACUUUGGCAACGUCCAGCUUAUGCUCUUCCUCCAAGUCUCCCUGGUCGAAAACUGGCUCAUCUUCGUCACUCGCGGUGGCCAGACUUGGCCAUCUUGGAAGCUGGUUGGCGCUAUCUUCGGUGUCGACGUCCUCUCCACCCUGUUCUGUGUCUUUGGCUGGCUCGCCGGUGGCAAGGACGAACUCUUCACCAUCCCCCACGACCACUUCACCCAGGAUUCGUACAGCCGCGAUACUUCGAUUGUCACCGUGGUCGUCAUCUGGGGCUACUCGAUCGGUGUCACGAUUGUGGUUGCUAUCGUCUACUUCGUUUUGACCAGCUUGAAAUGGAUCGACAACCUUGGCCGCGCCACUCGCAGCCACGCCGAUACGACCAUGGAGAACAUCAUCUCCCACCUUAGCCGUGUUGCUCUUGAGCACGAGACCGAUGUACACGGCAAGUCGAAAUGGGUAUUGGGCAGCAAAGCCACUGGAGAGGAAGAAGAGGAAUAG